GAGAAGGAGGAGGAGAAGACGGAGGAGGGAUCCAUAGGCCGUUGCAUGGAAGGGACGGUGGAUCCUGGCGGCCUCGACGUGCCAGCUCCGCCUCGAGCUCGCUCGCGCCUCGGCCAAGUGAAAGUCGGAUUUUGCUUUCUACCCGCUCUACCCGCUCUACCCUGGCCAGUGACAAGCGUGCCGCGCUCGCGUACGAACGCGCCGUUCUUCGGCCUGACGGCGAUGGUCCUUCCCGCGUGCGGCUAACGGCACUGACAGUUGACACGUCCGCUGGCGCGCGGAUCCGCCGACGCGACACCCGCGUCGAAUGGGGACCGGUCGGUCGCUCUUGGUCGCGCGAUGAGCUGCGAGUGACCCCGUAGGGCACCCGCCGUGUGCAAGCCACUCAUCGAGGACGGGGUCCGCGAAGAUGCCGAGGUGUCGACGAGGAGCGACCGCCUCGCGCGGCCAGGUCUUCCUCUUUCGUCUGCUGCUGGUCUGCGCGCUCGUCGCCGCCGGUCAUCAAGAGGAAACAGCUCGAUCCUGGGACAGGCUCUCGCAGCAGCUGAUACCAACGAAUUCGGUGUACGAGAAGCAAGACCGAAAUGCAUCGCCGUCCAGCAACGGGGUCGAUGCAUCGCUGGCGCAUUCGCUGGCGGAGAACAAUGUGAUGGACACAUCGAAAUCGAAGGGGGGAGGCGAUCACGUGGAGACGGAAGAGGUGGAGGAGGAAAAGGAACCUAAGCUGACGUACGACGCCGAGGAAUACGAAGAUGAAGAUAAGCACGAAGAGGAAGAGGUCGAGGGGGAUGGAGAGGAGGUAGAAGAGGUAGAAGAGGUAGAGGAGGAGAAGAAAGAUCCCUCUGAUACCGUGAAUGGCGUAAUGAAGAAAGAGAGAUCUCCGCCGGAAACUAGCAGCGUGUCGAAUACCGAUGCGAUAGACAGGGAUGGGGAUUACCUCGAAGAUCUCCCGACGAAUCAGGACGACAAUACGUAUUAUUAUUACGACGAGUACGAAAACGCUAAUCGUACCCGAUACGACAACGCAGACGGCGAAAACGACUAUCUAAACAUGGAAUCUGAAGAGGAGGAUGUCACAUCAGGGAAUUUAUCGUCGGAAUCAGAGCACGGAGCUCUUGAGAAGAGAGAUAAAGACGUUUCGCACGAGUCGACUUCCAACUCGUCGCGAAUCGUCGAGGAGAAGGAGGAGGAAGUCGACAAUCCGGUAUCGUCGACGGAGUUGGAGGAAGGCUCGUCCAUGGAAGGCAGUGACAAAACGUUCACUACACUCGGUGCGUCUGUCCUCGAGGAGAAGGAGGAGCCGGAGAACGUCUCCGCCGAGGUCAGUUCCAUCCUGAUAGGCGGUGCCGUGGUGUCCGUGGUGACCACGAAGAGCGUGGUGAACGGCACGAUAUCGGUGCCGACGACGGUCUCGCCGGCCACCACGGAGCAAAUCGCACCGCCGCCUCCGUCGUCGUCGUCAUCAUUAACCGAGACAACCGAGACAACCGAGGGACACCCGGAAGUGACCACGGAGGACUCCGCGAGGAUCCUAGCUUCCGUGCAGACCAGCCGCAGCGUAUCGGGCGCGCGCUUCCUACCGUUUCCAGUGAUAGAUCGCGUGGAGCAGGUGGAGGCGCACGGCGGGUCGCUUGAGGGCAAGAAGACGUCGCAACCACCGUCCACGGAGAGCAUCAUCGACAAGCUUGACUGGGCGCAAUCCAAGCUAUCCAGCGAUCUCUUGCCGGCGGCUAUCCUGGGCACCGGUGGCUUCCGAAACGCCGGCAACACGUUGCAACUGGACGUAUUAGCCGAGCGCGAUCGCACGACGACGACGACGACUCGCAGGAGUUUCACUACCACAGCCAAGACGCCGGUUAUCAGCAAGUUUAUCCCACGACGUUACAACGACAAAAAAUUGAACAACACUAGCACCAGCACGGCGAAGCCGCGAUUUGAAACCACGCUCGACUCCCUGGAAGGUUUGCUGCCUCGAACGUACGUGUCGAGAGGAACCACCCCAAGUGCGGUUUCCAAGAUAACUUUCAGAUGGCCUUCUUCGAAACCGACGUCCACGGAAGCAGCAGAGACAAAGACCACAUCGACGACACCACGAACGAAACCUAAAGCCAGCAUUGUCGUCCAAGAUAUUAGCGCAUUCCUACCGCCAGGAUACAAGCUAAAAAAAGAAGAGAUAGCUGCCACGGAGAGUUCCCUCCUCAGUGAAAUCCUCGCCAAAUCCAAGGUCGACAUUUCGUUUCUCCUACCACCUGGCUAUGACAAAAAGAAGGUUGAGGAAGAAUCCAAGUCAAAAGAUACUACUACUACUACUACGACGACGACAACAACAACGACAACAACAGCGAAAAGUACAAACGUCUCUCCAGAAAAGAUCGCCCCGUCUAUCCAAGAUCUCUUCGCGUCUUCCAAAUUCGAUAUCUCCGCCUUAUUACCUAAGGAUUACGAACAAAAGAAGGACCUUGAGCCGGACAGCAAACCUACUGGCGACGCGAACAGCGAGCAGAAUGUAACGGUCACAGAACGAACCGAUUCCGAGCCUACCACGAAGAAAGCCAGUGGCUUGAAAAUCGUGUUUCCCAGCAGACCAGGCGGUCGAAAGCCGAUUCACAAAAUAACCACUCCGCAAACUCCACGUGGGGACGGUCCAGGCGCGGUGACGCCAAAAAUACAAAAGGGAUGGCCGACUCGAGCUACUACGGAGUUUACCGGAUGGCCAACUCCGUCCACCACGCCGAUCUCUAUCGAGAAGUUACUGGAAGCAGCGCGCACGGCUACGGUAGCAUCGGUGAACAUAUCGCUCAUUCCUAGCACGAACGAGAUUUCGAGCACGUCGUCGACAUCGACGACGACGACGACGACACCGAGGCCGACAACUCCUGGCGUGUGCGACGACGAGUGCGAGGUCGCCGGGACGAUACGUAUCAUUGGAAACGCGACGUGGGUGCCAGAACUGCUCGAUCGGAACACUCGCGAAUGGCAAGAACUUGCGAAUCACGUGGAACGAGAGAUGAAUUUUAUAUUCUCGAAAUCCAGCGUUUUAAUGACGUGGUACAAAAAGAUAAGGAUUGACUCCUUCAGUCAAGGCAGCAUCCUAGUAGACUACUUUGUCGAGCUAAACAAUUUACAGCAGAAAGUGAACACGCAGGAACUUAAAGUGAUUUUCCACGACUCGCUCAGGACAUACAACGCCAAUCGGUGGAAUGAAACGACCACGAAAGGUCCAUUAAGAAUGGGAAUGUUUACUAUCGAUCCUAAGUACACUGAUUUCGUAGUCAUACCUAAAGUAAAUAUGCCACAAUAUAUCGAGAAAGAUGAUAGAUUGAUACCUCAAUGGGCGAUCGCGGUAAUAGUGAUAGGUGUCGGAGGUUUACUAUUUAUUAUCGUGUUUGGUGUGUCUGUGCUCGUCAACAGACAAAGCGGAUCGAAGCUGAAGCCGACCAUGUCCACCAUUUACGAGGAAGAAGUGGCUAAGCACACGUCGAGUCACAGAUCGAGCGACUACUCAAAGCCGGUGCACACAAUAUGGACCGAUCCCGACGUCUCUUGGAACGACAAGUCCUUCGAAUCGACUUCUAACAAGAUUCUGGUUGACAAAUCCUUCCACGAUAACAAGAAAUACAAUAUGUACGACAGUUGGCGAUCUGAGUGGAACGGUUAUUAUUACAAUCCCUCGCACACGAGCAGCAAGUACGGUUACGACAGUACCAUGAACCUGUCGACCCGUCACCAUCCUGAUUACGACACGAAUUUCUAAACGGCCAAUAAACUGCAAUUUCUUCUAUCAAUA